AUGUCCAUCUCCGCCUCAGAUUCCUAUAUGCAUGCCUCCUCCCACACUCAAGAUGACGAGCUCCACGAGUUAGAUUCUCUGCCUUCCUCUGUUGACAGUUCAGAUUACGCCUCUUCAGACGAUGGAGAAGAAUCCGAUGCACAGAAAGAAUGGGAAGCCAGUUUGCAGCAGUUGGAAAUGAUGCUUACGAUGGUGAUUGUACCGUGGUGUGGGAAAUACUUUGGAAGGAAAUUUGCUUAUUGGAGUUGGGCAAAGUAUAUGACAUGGAAGUAUCCAGUCACCGUCGAAAUAACCAGUAACCCUACCUUUAAGGGUGCCGGAGCUAUCGAAGCCGCAGCUACGUUAUGA